AUGUUAAAGCUCAUCAGAUGGCUAAUGCUAUGGAUACUGACGUCUUCUCUGUUGGUUGUUCUUGUGUUUGUUAACCAACGUAACACCACACAUCAUUCGCCACCUUUCAAAACCUUCAGCGGCAUCAAGAGAUCAUUGCAGCAUGACAAGUGGAUAGUCGUGACGUCAAUAGCGAGCCCUACAGAGCAGGUCAAGUACCUGGCCAUGUUGAAAGACUGGCGUUUGGUUGUUGUUGGGGAUCGGAAGUCUCCAGCGACGUGGAGUUUACCAGGCUGCGAUUAUCUCAGUGUUGAGACUCAGAAACAGCUGGGAUAUGACGUAAUAGAUCACUUACCUUAUGGAAGCUACGCUAGAAAAAACAUUGGUUACCUGUUCGCAAUACAGAAUGGAGCUAAGGUCAUUUACGAAACUGAUGAUGACAACAGGCCAAACGAUAAUUUGAAAGAUUUUAUUCUAACGCCCACUACACCCGGACUGAUGUUUGUUGGAAACAACGUCUUUAACCCCUACCUUCACUUUGGGCAGUCAACGCUGUGGCCCAGAGGUUUCCCACUUUCUUACAUUGGCAAAAAACAACAAAGAUUGUACAAAGUCAGCAGCAACUGGAAUACACCCACAAUUCAACAAGGCUUAGUUAAUGGCGAUCCGGAUAUGGAUGCUAUUUUUAGACUGUCCAGGAAAUCAGAAUCUACUCCUUUAAAUGUGACCUUUGACCCAUUAGCUCCCCCUGCUAUAUUACCUGAGGGUGUAUUCAGCCCUUUUAACUCACAGAACACCUUGUUUCAUCAAGCAGCUUUUUGGGCACUUUUUAUUCCAACAACAACGACAUUCCGCAUGUGCGACAUCUGGAGAGGAUAUUGGGCACAAAGACUUAUGUGGGAGAUUGGAGGAACACUUGGCUUUUUCCCUGCUAACGCCUACCAGGUACGGAAUUCACAUUCUUAUAUCGAAGAUGCCAAGCUGGAGAAAGACAUGUAUUUCCAAACUGAAGAACUUAUCGAAUUCCUGAGAAAUUGGAAAUGCGAGGAAAACAUGAGAUUCUUUCAAUGUGUUAUCAAACUAACGACGGACAUGGCAGAUCAGAAGUAUUGGCAACACGAGGAUGUCAAGUCGGUCAGGCUGUGGUUAAAUGAUCUGAAUAAGCUUGGAUACCAAGAGCCGCAGAGGAUCCAGUUUCGUGAGAUUAUAUUAAAUACAGAAGACAAUGAUUUACAUGGAAAAAUCCUUGUUGAUAACUUCGCUACUGGUCUUGUAUAUAAGAAUAUAUCCUCACUCAACAAUGUAUGGUAUUCAUCAGUAGAGCAGGAGGAGCCUUCUUUAAGUCAAGUACCGAGCAACAAAAAAAGUGAACACACACAUGUAGAUAAAAUGGUUUCAAUGUGUGAUAAUUUGAAGUAUAUUUCUUUAAGCAAAAUUUAUGAUAGACAAUUGAAGAACACGAGCGCAUUUUCAGAAACUCUGCUAAUAGUGGUUUUUAAUUUCCCAUUCUACAAGAAUAUACGAUACUUAGAUGCUAUCCACAAUCAGGUUUUUAAGUACAUAGUCUACUGUGGUGAGAACAUCCAUUUAUUUCUACAGGAAACCGGUGAUCUGGGUAAAACGUUAACUUUUAUUGAGGUGUUUGUUGACACAGGUAUGUACGGCUACAUGUGUGCGGUCAAAGCUAUGGAGAUGGGAUACAGAGUUAGCGGCUUUUUAGUAGUUGGUGAUGACGUUCUAUUUAAGCCUUGGGUAUUGAUGAAUAUGAACAAAAGUCAAGCGGGUAUAACACAUCGUAAUAUAUUGUACAUAAAUACAUCAGAAACUACAAAUGCGUGGCAAUGGUGGGGUAGAAAAGUUGGUAGACAGGCGUACUUGCAAACUAUACAAGAUUUGCAUAAUAAUCAAGAUGUUCCUUUAGGGGUUAAGGACAUCAGAAGCUUUUUAAAUACGUUAUACACACAAACAAGAUCAAAAGAGCUUGUUCCAAAAGGUUACAGUGACUUCUAUUACAUUCCCAAAACACUGCAGCGUUCUGCUAUUUGGUACUUGACGAAGUUUUAUUCCAACAAGCUGUUUUUAGAGAUUGCGGUGCCUGUCAUGUUUUGUGGGCUGGAGCACAGGGAGAGGCUACAAUGGUUUCGUGGCGCAAGUGGCAAUCAUGUAAAGGAAGAUUUGAAACAAUUUUAUUUAACGUCCUAUUCAUUUACUCACCCGGCCAAGCUGACCUAUCCAGAGACCGUGGCCGUGUAUUGCAAUCAUUAUUUUCCUGACCUGCUGAAGAAAUUUUUUAAAGUUGAAAUAGAACAGCAACAUAGAAAAAAACUGAACAAGAAACACAAAUGA